AUGGAUCAUGAUGAGCUACCAGGGAAUAAAGAUGGGCGCAAGGCGAUAAAGACAAGCAAUGUGUCGACUGAAACUUUAGACUCUGCGGUUAGCGGUUAUGAGAGUACUCUAGCGGGCGCUAAGAAGCGAUCGGCUUGGGGCAGAUUUGCAGAUCUGGUGGAGGUGAAGCAUCCCGACGGAUUUGGUGAAAUCAAAUCGCGCAGUAUUGUGGAGUCGUACGUCUAUAACGGUGAGCUCAAACCCGUAGAAGCCGCUAGGAGGAAAUGGACUUGGAAACAGUACGUAUUCUUCUGGAUGGCAGGCACCUUCAACGUGAACACAUGGCAAAUAUCGGCGACUGGCUUGCAGCUGGGUCUGAAUUGGUGGCAAACAUGGAUUUGUGUUUGGGUGGGUUAUAUCCUUGUGGGUGUGUUUGUUGUACUUGCAUCGCGUGUAGGCACCAUGUACCAUCUGUCAUUCCCCAGUUCGUGCCGUAUAGCUUUCGGCACAUAUUUCUCCAUUUGGGUUGUGCUGAACAGGGUUGUGAUGGCGUGUGUUUGGUACUCGACACAGGCAUAUUUGGGAGGCAUUUGUGUUCAAUUGAUUCUGAGAUCUAUCUUUGGAAAUAAUUUAAACUCGAGGUUGCGUGAUACAAUCCCUAGUGUUAAUUUGACACCAUUUGAGCUAAUAUGCUUCAUCAUCUUCUGGGCCAUCUCCUUGCCAUUCUUGUGGUUUCCUCCACAUAGGCUACGUCAUUUAUUCGCUAUCAAAUCAGCACUUACGCCUAUUGGAGCAUUUGCGCUAUUGAUUUGGUCCGUGAGAAAGUCAGGAGGUAAAUUGGCGCUGGGUUCUUUGAAUGGACAGUCGGCCAUGAACUCCACUGCGACAGCAUGGGCUGCUAUAAGAUCUAUUAUGAGCGCCAUGGAUAAUUUUUCUACGUUGGUGUUGAAUGCCCCAGAUUUUUCUCGUUUUGCUAACACACCGAAAUCCUCGAUGUGGUCUCAGCUCAUUGCCAUCCCGGUUUGUUUCGCCGCAAUCUCACUUUUCGGCAUUGUCUGUGUCUCCGCAGCUUACACCGUGUACGGAGUCAACUUUUGGAGUCCUCUUGAUAUUUUGAAUCGUUAUUUAGACGGUUACUCUUCAGGAGAUCGCGCUGGGGUCUGUCUGAUUGCGUUCUCAUUUUUGUUCGAUCAACUGGGCGCCAAUCUAUCUAACAACGCCAUCCCGGCCGGCACUGAUAUGACGGCUUUACUGCCCAAGUUCAUUAAUAUCAGGCGCGGUGCCUAUAUUUGUGCCGCCAUUUCACUAGCCAUCUGUCCAUGGAACCUCGUUGCCUCUUCUUCCAAAUUUACCACUGCUCUAGCUGCAUAUGCGGUUUUCCUUUCUGCCAUCGCGGGUGUCAUUUUUGCUGACUACUAUAUUGUGAGAAAGGGCUAUGUUAACAUCUUCCAUUGCUAUACUAACAAACCUGGCUCAUAUUACAUGUACAACAAGUACGGUACCAAUUGGAGAGCGCUCGUGGCCUAUAUCGUUGGUAUAAUUCCAAACUUCCCGGGAUUCAUCGGAUCGGUGGGUCCCACGGUUCCUAUUGGCGCAAUGAGAGUUUAUUACCUGAAUUACAUUGUCGGGUACUUGACUGCUGCCAUAACCUAUUUGAUCUUGGUGUAUUAUUUUCCUAUGAGUGGCGUUCCUGCGGGGAUCAAAAUAACCGAUAAAGUAUGGCUAGAAGAGUGGGUGGAAGUUGAGGAUUUUGUUCAAGAAAGAGAACAGUUUGAAAGAACCUCAGGUUCAAAUGACAGUGCUAAGUUCGCGUAG